GUACCUACCUAACCUAACAUAACAUAAUGCGCUACGUAACAUACAACUUACAUACAACCUACCUACCUAAUUACCUAUACAACAUCUGAACCUUGGACUUUACGCUCUCCCGAACUCCCUACCAACGCCGCCUAAACCCCAGCGCGUCAAGAUGCUUCUCUUCGGGAACUUAUUCUACGUCUCCGUCCUCCUCAUAAACGCCAUCACCAUCCUGUCCCAGGACCGCUUCCUAGCACGCCUAAACCUCUCCUCCUACGACCCGGCUUUCGGCGCCGGCCCCGACGCCCAGAGCAUGCAGGCGAAAGUCGUCAACCUGAUCUCCAGCGUGCGGACGGUCACGAGAAUUCCCCUAAUAGGAGUCAACCUGAUGAUAAUAAUCUACGAGCUGGCUUUUGGUUAGGGACAGGAGAUAUAGAGAGGAGGAGAGAGAGCAGAGAGAAAAAAAAAGGAGAGAGAGAGGAUACGCAGGUAUUACGAACGAAUAAUGGCGGACGUAUAGGCGAGCUUGCAUUUUUCGGUUUUCAACCAGGCGUUCCGGUGUACAUAAAUAAUAACACAUUACUUUCGGUGUAAUAUGGUCGAAAAUGAGAUCGGCAACGUCAGACGCGCGGUCGUGCGAAGGGGAAAGGGGAAGAGGGAAAAGGGUUUCAAGCUAUACCUUAGGUAGCCACCGUAUCAAGCCUAUUGAAUAACAUUACACGCGAAUCGAA